GGCGACGGCUGAGGCCGCCCUGCCCGGAGGGUGUGGGCCCAGGGAGGGCGGGCUGCGGCGCCGGCCUGAGGAACCUCGGGUGUGUUCGUUCCUCCCGCAGGGACUGACAGCAGCCGAGGUACCCGGAGAUGAGAACUCCCCUUAAUGCCUGCCCUGGAGGGAGGAGGGCGCAGGCCGGGCGCUGCAGCCUGAAGGAGGUAUGGCAAAAGCUCCCUGUUCCUUCCCACUGAACCCAUAAGAAGGCUCACAAAAACAGACUUCUGUUUUGUUCUAAAAAAGAGAAUUCCGGUGUUUGAUAAGUUCUUCAGAGGACUUUUCUGAUAGAACUGAGCACACUUCAGCCAGCAGCAAGAACUGCAAUGAGUUGCAUCGCGAAGAAGUGUGGCAUUCGCUUUCAGCCUCCAUCUGUGAUCCUAAUCUACAAGGAAAAGGACAAGACUCGCCGGCGCAUCAUGCCUGUCAGAAAUUUCUCCCAGUUCUCAGAUUGCGGCAUCGCUGCUGAGCAGCUGAAGAAUAACCCUCGGCACAAAGCGUACCUGGAAGGAGUCUCACUGCGUCAGCUAAAGAAGCUGCACAGUUUGCUGAGAGGCCACCUGAGGGGAGAGAGUCUGGCUGAGAGCCUGAAAAAGACUCAGCAGGAAGAGACCAUUGACCCCGAGGAGGACAUGAACAAACUGGAUGACAAGGAGCUAGCCAAAAGGAAGAGCAUCAUGGACGAGCUCUUUGAAAAGAACAGGAAGAAGAAGGACGACCCGGACUUUAUCUACGAUAUCGAGGUAGAAUUUCCACAGGAUGAGCAGCUGGAGUCCUGUGGCUGGGAUGUGGAGUCAAGUGAAGAAGUCUGAUUCCAGACCAAGAGGACCUGGAUGGGCAGAGACAGAUCUCAUAUUCCUAGGAGAGAACAGUGUCAUCCUGCUUCCUCCACUGCAGCAUCUUCUGUCUGUGUGGUUGACACACUUUACAUUGGCCACAGAGAAUCUGAGCCCUAAGAUAUUACAGCAGUUUCAGGUUUAUGUACGUUUUGAGAAGUUGAACUGAGAAAGCUGAAACGAGACAGCUGAACUUCGUGGCUGUUUUCACUCUUUUCCUAUGCAGGAGUGCCCCAAAUACUUCUAAAUAAUUUAUCUUUCAUUUGUUUACAUCUCAGUCAGCUCUGGCUGAAAACCUCACCAACACAUUUUCCUGUGAUUUCAGCUUUGUCUAAAAAUGAAAUGUUAAAUAUUUAUAUCUUGGAAGCAAUAUUGCAUUUUAUUAUAUGCAUAUGGCAUUUGUUACUAUUUGUUGGAAUGUUAAAUAUACAUUCGGAUAAAUCAGUAUUUCAAUGAGAAUAUUACUCUCACGUUCCCUCAGUAGAGGUCACGUUUGCAGUUUCAGGUUGCACAGAUGAAAUCCUUCAUUAAAAAAAACCUGAAUAUUUGAAAAACAA